AUGGCUUCUCUUUCAACCGACCAACCUCCAGCGAGGCGGACUUUUGCCAACGCGCACCUUCCUGCUCAAGGCCUCGACCUUUCCUCUGCUGACCACCAACAGCUGGCUGCUUCAGCUAGCCCACAACCUUCUCAACAUGACCACGCCAGCAACCAAAUCAGUCAGACCCCUCUUGACGCCGUCAUUUCUCCUGUUCUCUCGAGGGAACUUAUACCUUCCCCCUCGCAUGAGCCUCCCAAAGCACCUUCACUGGAUGGCCUUGAGACGACGCCGGUUUUGACCAUACAAAUCCUGUCCGGUGCAUCUGACGAAAGCACUACUCAGUUGUCAUCAUCGGAUGACUCGGCCAAACCUCCUAGCCUCGAUGGAAAAAGCGUGGCUUCUAUCACCACGUUCGCCAUGGAUGAGAAAGAAUCGCUGAGGCCAGAUGAUAGUGCCAGUGUCUUGGCCAUCGAGGAUGACGACACCUACUCGCCAUCAGGAUCCGCUGCUCUCGGCUCGCGACUGGGCUCAGAGACAGGCGCUCGUGCCUUCCGCGAUCAGCUCUUGGAAAUUACCUCCAGAGGUCCCGCGCUGCGUCAAUCUGGACCUACGUCAAGACCUGACUCGACCACCAACGCACCUAAUGGAACGCUCUACGUGCCUCCCNCAAUCGGCAGCUCUACAGCUCUUCCCGGUUACGUACAGCCACCCACCAAUGUCGGUAGACCUGAAGAUGUUCUGCCUGACGUGAAGCUCUUGGAAGCUCUGAACAAUCCUAGAGACAGGAUAUGGGUGCUCAAGUUAGAGCAGGACAUUAUCGACUUCGUGAAGGAUNCCCACUUGGCCGAUUACUACAUCCUGGGUCAUGCCGUUGACGGUUCCAUUUCGGCCGUUCGUCUGUACAAGACUCCAAACUGUAGAAUUGCACCGCCUUUGACCGCCAUUGCAACACCGCCAACAAGUACCAGCACACCACCUCCCGCCGCGCCUCAGAUGAAGAUUCUGCGCCGUGGCGGUGACGCACCGCUAAAUGGCCUCUCCAAGUCGAACUCUGAUGGAGGGGACAGCGCCGACUCGGACAAAAACAAACCCUUGACUCGUGAGCAACGUGAGCAGAGGUACGAACUGGCUAGACUGCGUAUUCUGGGCUCUGCAAAGCCGACAGAGGAUGCACUCCUUGUUAAGGAGAAGGAUGAGUCCCGUUCCAGCUCUGCUGCUGGAAAGAAGAAGCCCAAGAAGCAGCGCAGCAACAGUGACGAUGACUUUGAGGCCAGGUCUGCUUACAGCACCUUUGUAACACCACAAAAUGGCGCCCCUGACAGUGGAAAUAUGGUCUACUACCCCGCAUUCCCCGGAGGUGCUCAAGGUGCCCCUGGCAUGUACAAUGGUGUUCCUACGGCUUCAGCUGCGCAGAACUCAUAUAACGCUGUCUAUGGUCCCAUGACGCCUUCCCUGGCCGCUCCCUACCCAUGGUUGCAACAAGGUUACUCUGGUUAUAACGAUCCCAACAAUCAAGCACAGCACAACGUCAAUGACCUCUCCACUGAUUUCCAAGCCAUGUCUUUCCAGACACAACCGGGACCUACCUUACCUCCCUCGGCUGGACCAUACGGAUAUGGUAGCCCCCACAACCAGCAACAGCAGCAGUAUGCGUCAUGGCAGCAGAUUAUGCCUAACCAAUCCGGCUAUCCUGGCAGCCCCAACAACUAUGGUAGCCAGUUUGCAAGCAGACCUCCAUCUUCAGCAAGCCACGGAUCCGCCGCCCAUGGCUACCCGUAUGGGGCACCAAUGAACCAGAUGCAGAUGCCUGACACGUACAUGGGCUACCCAAACCAAGCCAUGGCUGGUGCAUACAACCGCGGAAACUUCAAUCCUCAAAGCCAGGCAUUCAUUCCAGGCUAUCAGCCUCAUUAUGGCGCACAGAUGGCGCCCNCCAACAACAUGGGCUUCAACUCAGCUUACCCUGGAUCGCACGCACUGCAGCGUCAAAAUUCUAGCCAGUCGCAGGCAUCAUCGUACGGCGGACAAAGCAGCGGCCAGAACAACAGCAGACCAGCUCACCCUCUGCCACAACCUGUUUUCUCUCCCCAUGUCCCCAUGCCGUUUCAAAAUUCUCAGAGACAAGCUGGCACGCCCGCCCGCCCUGGCACCACAUCAGCAGCAGAGAACAACAACAGUGCACCAAGCUCAAUCGCAAAAUGGGGAACGCCGGCCUCUUUACCUGCCAAGCCCNCUCCGCCGGCAGCAACCAACUCGUUCGACAUGUCCAGGGUGCCACAUGGGCAGCAGAACGGCGCACCAUAUUCUCCUGGAGCCUCUCGGGGACUACCUGGCGUCGGGGGACAAGGAUUCCAUGCUUUGCCAUCAAUGGUUGCUCUGCGUAAUGGACAGACGCCUCGGAGUGGCCAGUGA